AUGGCCCGCGGCAACUCCCCCCAAACCCAAGUCUUCUACAAGGGCAGCUCCGGCGACCAAUUCUGCAUCUUCGUCGACUCGGUAGAGCAGCUCCAGAAAUGGAAGGCUGAUAGCACGAUUCCCAUGGUCGACGUUGUUGCUGGAUGGAAAGUGCUCGUUCCUGAACACGGCAAGCAGGGCGUGCUCAACACCGCUAGCAAGCAGCAGCUUGAGAACGAGUUUGGCAAGGAUGCCAAAGAGGAUGACAUCUUUAAGAAGAUCCUACAGGAGGGUAGUGUGCAGAGCUCUGAGGUAUGUUGUGUCCUGUUCCUAAGCCAGAUCUUUUAUCUCGCAAACGUAAUGAAGAGCGCGAUUGCUAAUACAUGUGUUAAACAGAACUCCGAGCGCAUCGGCGUCACCAACGAGUCUCAGGGCGGACGUCAAGCCCACUAA